AUGAGAGCUCGGAGAAACGUCGUGGACCGACAUUCCAUUCCGCUUUCACAUGAACCUCAAGCGUUACAUCCCUCUUCCACCUUUCCUCUUCCACCUUCAUCCACCAAUCACGAUAUACCAGCGAUAGAUACACGAUCUCAGCAACACCACGAUCUCAGCAACGCCACACUGGAGCAGCCAAGCGAGCUGAACAGAUGGCCACUCAGCAAGGCCCAUUGCGUUAACGACACCAAGACGACUUCACUUGCUCCCGACACUGAUGAAGCCGCGGUCAAGCCCGAGCCGAACGACGAGGGAAAUCAAGACACCACCAUUGCACAGCCCGUCGAGCCCAACAAUGCCAUAUCGGCAGAUGAAUCCACUCGUAGAGGAUACGACAAGACGAUCGGAGGCUACCGAUGCCCGGACCACCCAUUUGAAUGGUACUGGCGUGUGACCCAGAGAACUUUGAGGGAGAAGUUGAGUAUGAGAAAGGCCUGGUUGGCACUAAGAUAG